AGCAGGGUGGGGGCUGAGGAGGAAGGAAGCAGCAGUGUCUGAGCAGAGUCCGGGCAAGAGCAAACAGGAAGAGUGAUGGGGAUGUGGCAGGAAGGAUGUGCAGUGCCAUAAGGGCAGACCUGUCCUACCUGAGGCAGACUCUCCAGGGACCUUCCUCCCCAAAUACAUCCCCUGCCCUGCCCUGCUGGAGAGGGGGAGCCCAUAUGUCUUCCCCUGAGGUGCCCAGGGAUGGUCGCGGGUGCAGAGAGGUGCUGGGUCCCCACAUGGACAUGGGUUGGGGGAUGCUGGGGUGACACCAGGAGCACACUGCACAUGGCCAGGCAUUGAGGGUAAGAGGCACUGAGCGAGCCCUGGCUCAUCCCACAGUGGGAUGGGGAACAGCUGGGGCACAACCUGGGCAAAGGGAUAUGGGCAGGAGAGCAGGGAUGGGAGGAAUCAUCCUGGCUUCCUGCAGGAGAGGAGGUGGGGUCUGGUGCCCCCAGAAUAGCACCACUGCACCACGUGGAGCAUCCCACCUCAACCUCUGCCAGCGGCCUCCUGUGGCCAGGUCUUGCCUGUCGCUCCAUGCCCCAUGGGUGGCAGCAGUGCUGGCCAUGGCUUGUCCCAGAGAGCACUGAGCACACCCCACCAGCCCCACCGGCGAUGCCCGUGGAGGCACCCCAGGGGUUUGGGGGAGGUCAGGCUGUGCCCGGAGACGCAGGAUGCAGGGCGGGGGUUCGCCGGUGGGGAGCAGGGCUGGGUCUGCAGGCGGCCCAGCGGAGCCGAGCUGCAGAGAUGUGGCCGGUAUGUGUGUGGGCGGCAGGCAGGGUGGGGGAGAAGGAGGGAGAGGAAGCAGCAGAGGCAGCAGCUCCUUUGAUAAGCAGCUUCCUGAACACUUUAAACCGUGGUGUGAGACCGAGACGCGCGGUGCCCGCGGGCCUGUGCCGGGACCGACGAGCCCACAGCGCAGGGCAGCAGGUAGGCAGCCCCCCAGCCCACCCCUGCCGCCCACUGGAGACGAGACCCCCAAUGGGCAGUGCCGGGCCCCGGUGCCCAGGGGUGGUGGGCAUGUGCUUGCAGCCAGGCAGCCCCAGGCAGGGCUGGGAUGCUGGACAGGGUGAUAGGAGCACCUCCCUGCAGGUACUGGCAGCUGGGGCUCUUCCUAGGGUGCCUCUCUGCCAGCCAGGGGCUUGGCCAGGGCAUCUCCCAGGUGUUUCCUGGCUGGAGCACAAGGGACAGCUGCUGGGGUGGGAGCCUGGGCUGUCUCUGGUCAGGGUCUCUCCUGGUGCUGCAGUUCCUGCUCAUGCCCUGCCUGUCUGGGGAACACUGGGACACACUGAAUGGGGCACAGGGCACAGGGCAUGGGGCUGGUGUGCAUGGCAGUGGUGGCACUGCCACCCCCAGAAAUGACACUGGGCAGCAGGGAUUCUUGGAGAACAUCUCCUGCCCUAGCUGUGUUCCCAACCACCAUGUGGACCCAGCUCUCCACAAGACCUCCCUGAGCAGAUGGGCUAACAGGGAUCCCACUCUUUGCCCACCAAGAGCUCUGAUUCUACAUCAUCCCCUGUCUCCUCAUGGAGGGAGCUGGGGAUGAGAAGGAGCCUUAGGAUCCCAGUGUGCUGCAUGCACUAUGAGGAGCUGUUCUCAGAGGUGAACCAGCAUCACCCACAAGUCCCCAGUCCUGUAUCGCUGGAGCUGGUGAUGGAGGAGCCCUGGCACCUCCCCCGGCUGGGCUGCCCCAUCACCUCUUGCUCAACCACCCAGAUAAAGCAGUUUCCUCUUGACGGUUGCUGAGACCUGCAGGGUGGAGGAGGCUGUCCCAGGUCAUCCCUCCCUCGCCAGAGUCAUGAGGCUGUUGAGGGAGCCUGGUCUGUGUCUCCCUGCAGCAGGAGCUGGCCAGGCUCCCUGCAGUGGCUACAGCCCACCUCGUGUCACCUGCUGAACACUGCUGGGCUCAUGUGUUCCAGCUCUCCCACUUCCCACUGUUUCCCCAGGCUGAAGCAGGCAUGGCAGGGAAGGGCUGGAAACAUAGGGCAGCAUGUGCUUCCCAUGGAGGUGGAGAGCAUCUGGGGCUUCCAACACAGAGUGGGUGUCCUGCCCUCGGGGGAAGCAGGUGGUCCUUGGUGCCAUGCCCAGGGUCACCAGUGGUGUCUGUUGGGUUACAGUGCUGCAGCAUCCCGGAGGAUGAACAUGCUGGGAGCUCUCCCUCUGCCAUCCACCUGGAUACAGGAGCUGGGGGUCCUGAUUCCAGGACAACUGAGAACUUAAAACCCAUCUCUUGCUUGCAGACCAUCUGUUGGGGAGUCCACCCAGCCUCAUUGUAUGUCCCAGAUCUGCCUUUUCUUUUCCAGCCUCUUCUCCUCUGAUGGCUCUGUGAUUCCCCAAAAGUUGAGGGCCCACUGUGACCCACCCUGUGCUUCAGGACGAGGGCUCUGUGGCUGCUGCAGCAUGGUCCAAGCCUGCUUGGUGUGCUCCAGAGUUCAUAAGGGCAGCCUGGCAGCCCAGGCAGCUGCGGCAGACAUGGACAAGCGGGACAAGCCCAGUCCCUCUGCCAAGAAGCACGUGCGUCUCCAGGAGAGGAGGGGCUCCAACGUAUCACUGGUGCUAGACAUGAGCUCUCUGGGGAGCGUGGAGCCCAUCCAGCCCGUCUGCACACCACGGGACAUCACACUGAAGUUCCUGAGGACAUCCAGCCACGUGCUGAGGAGACAGGAGCUCCAACAGCAUGCCCAGUGCCUGGCACAGCUCCAGGAGGAGUUUUCGAAAAUCCCACCCAACUUUGUGAAUCCAGAGGAGCUGGAGAUCCCUGGACGUGCCUUCAAGGACAGAUACAAAACCAUCCUCCCCAAUCCUGAGAGCCGGGUCUGCCUCCGGAGGGCAGGGAAGCAGGAGGAGGACAGCUACAUAAAUGCCAACUACAUCACGGGCUACGCGGGGCGGCCCCGGGAGUACAUCGCCACGCAGGGACCCAUGCUGCACACCGUGACCGACUUCUGGGAGAUGGUGUGGCAGGAGGAGGCACCCCUGAUCGUCAUGAUCACCGAGCUCCAGGAGCGCAAGGAGAAAUGUGUCCACUACUGGCCUGAGAAGGAAGGCACCUACGGCCCCUUCACCGUGCGCGUGCAGGGGGUGAGCGAGGGCGCGGAGUACGUGGUCCGGGAUCUCUGCAUCCAGCUUGAAGGAGAAUGUCGGGAGGUCAAACACAUCCUCUUCCCUUCCUGGCCGGACCAGCAAACACCCGAGUCAGCCAAGCCUCUGCUGCACCUGGUGUCCAAGGUGGAGGAGACUCUGCAGACUGCAGCCAGCCCAGGGCCCAUCGUGGUGCACUGCAGCGCAGGCAUCGGCCGCACGGGCUGCUUCAUCGCCACCAGGAUGGGGUGCCAGCAGCUGAAGGACAAGGGGGAGGUGGAUAUCCUGGGAAUCGUGUGCCAUCUCCGCAUAGACAGAGGUGGGAUGAUCCAGACGAGUGAGCAGUACCAGUUCCUCCAUCACACUCUAGCUCUCUACGCUUCCCAGCUGCCAGAGGCUGGAGGCCACUAGCACAGGGCUCCCACCAGGCUUCUAGCUCCCCACUCCAACCUCUCCUGCACCAGCCUCGGGGACACCUCCACCAAAACCUCUCCUGAUGCUGCCAGGCCACAGAAAAGCAGCACAAACAUCCCUUGGGAUGAGCACAGCUGAGGAAACCCACGGGGACUGUGGCCUUGGACCCUGGGGACGAGCAAGGUGUGGUGGGUUCACGUGAGGGGUGCACUGGGUGCUCGAGGUGGCUGUUGCUGCUGCCUUGAGGCAGAUUUCACCCGUGGAAAGAAGCUUUGGCUUUUGAGAGGUGCAAGAUCCUGAAGCAGAAGAGCAAGCUGUGCAGAGGAACUGCAUGCCUGGGGAGCGCAGUUUGCCUUUUACCUGCACAGAGGUGUUCACUCUGUUAGAUGCAGCGCUGGUAGAAUUACCCUGAAAUAAAUGGAGCCUCUGUCCUGGC